UAUUUCUAUGAGGGGAGAGCGCUUUACCGCAACACAUCAUCACAGUCAUCAUGUCUUACGGAAUGAUGGACAGCUGUCAAUCACAGCCGGGAGAUUUCAACAAUCUCACACAGACAUGCAGCUCAAACAUCCAGAAAAUCACACAAAACACUGGCCAAAUCAAAAGCAUGUUGUUCCAGCUGGGUACCAGACCCGAUACACCAGAACUUCAGGACAGACUACAGCAGAUGCAGCAUUAUACAAACCAGUUGGCAAAAGAGACCAACAGACACCUGAAAGACCUGGGCUCUUUACCUCAGCUGCAGUCCCCUUCAGAACAGCAGCAGCAGAUAAUUCAGAAAGACCGUCUGAUGAACAACUUCUCAGCCGCUCUCAACAACUUCCAAGUGGUCCAGCGGCGAGCCGCAGAGAGGGAGCGUGAGUCCGUGGCGCGGGCACGAGGUGGCUCCAGAAUUUUGGUUGAUGAGACCAAUCAAGAUGAUCAGCUCGUGACAUUUGAAAAAAAUGAAGGGUGGAAAACACAGACGGAGGAGGAGUCUACCACAGAAGAAGACCUGGAGCUUAUUAAAGAGAGAGAAACCAACAUCCAUCAGCUGGAGUCAGAUAUUAUGGAUGUGAACCAGAUCUUCAAGGACCUGGCGGUAAUGAUCCAUGACCAAGGUGACAUGAUAGACAGCAUUGAAGCUAAUGUGGAGAGUUCUCAGGUGCAUGUGGAACGAGGAGCUGAACAACUCCAGCAUGCGGCGUACUAUCAGAGGAAAUCCCGCAAGAGGAUGUGUAUUCUGGCUCUUGUUCUGUCGCUUGUGGUGACCAUCUUUGCUUUAAUUAUCUGGCAAGCAAUCAGAUAA